AAGGCGUGGAUGACGCACUACGGAGGUGCCCUUAAAAACGGCCGUACUUAAUAAACACGGGAGUCUUUAUUAAAUUUAAAAAAAUUUUAUGACUACAUAUCAAUGGUAUUGAAUGAACCUUUCCACUAAACACAUCUAGAAGAAAAGAGAGAUGCGACGAAGUAAGGCCGAUGUGGAUCGGUACAUAGCCUCGGUGCAGGGUGUUUCUCCGUCACCGAAAGCGAAAUCAUUAAAGGGAUUUUUAUUUGCAAAGCUAUACUUUGAAGCAAAAGAAUAUGAACUUGCCAAAAGACAUGUAUCUGCUUAUCUGGCUGUUCAAGACCGGGAUCCAAAAGCUCACAAGUUUCUGGGCCAUCUCUAUGAAAUUGAAGAAAAUGUAGAGAAAGCUAUUGGUUGUUACAAGAGAUCUGUGGAGUUAAAUCCAGCACAGAAGGAAUUGGUCCUUAAGAUAGCAGAGUUACUGUGCAAUAAAUGUGAACAAGAUGGACGAGUAGAAUUUUGGCUGGAAAGAGCAGCCAAACUUUUUCCAGGAAACCCUGUCAUCUAUAACUUGAGGGCAAAGUUGCUUGGUGCAAAAGGACAGACUGGAUUAAAUGAACUGUUUGACCUUCUUCAGUCGGAACUACAUGCUCGUCCUGCUGAUGUCCAUGUCAACAUCAAGCUUGUAGAGCUUUACCGUUCAGACCAGAGACUUGAAGAAGCAAUCAGACAUUGUCGUUCUGUAGAGCAGAAAGGUUUCCUGCUGCACAGUUUGAGUUGGUACAGUUGUGUUACAGAUACACUUCAGGAUUAUAUAAAUGGAUAUGGCAAAGGGCUACCGAAGUCCAUAAUUAAAGAACAUCUUCUUGCUUACUGUAAUGUUGUUCGUCUCUCUUUGUCAGCUAAAAAUCUUCAAGAAUGCAAAACUGCCUUGCAGAGAUUUGAUUAUGCAAUGGCUAAUGCCAAGAGUUUUGUAAGUGAUCCAGCUGAUGAUUUAUCUGUGGCUUUCACUGAAAUGAGGGGUCACUUGUAUUUGCAUGCUGGCACAUUAUUGCUGAAAAUGGCACAACAAAGUGAGCUUCAGUGGCGUGAAGUUACAGACCUAGCAACUUUGUGCUACCUUGUUGCUUACCAGAUAUCACGUCCAAAGACUAAGCCAAUUAAGAGUGAUGAACCUUCUCAAAAACUGAUGGAAUGGUUUGCAUGUGAUCGACAAAGUCAGUCAGGGCAUAUGCUUCUUAAUUUAGGCCAAGACAAGCAAAGUUACUUCAAGGAGGUUGUAGAAGCUUUUGGUAACAAGAAUGGACCGAAGGCAUUAUUUGAAACACUCUUUGGAAGUUUUUUUCCUCCUGAUACAUCUUUUAUUGCCAAUGAUGAUAUCCAGAAUAUUGGGGUGCAGGCUCCAGAUUUCGGAGAACUUUCCAGAUGUGAUAUUGGAUCAGUUAGCAUGUAUGAUGGUAAUUUACAGCACCUUACUUGGUUGGGCUUACAGUGGACUUUGAUGUCUAAAACAGCAAUGUACAGGAAUUGGUUAAAAGAACUGUUUCCACGAUUACCCCAGGAAACUUCAAAGCUCGAAACUAAUGCUCCUGAGUCAAUCUGCCUGUUAGAUCUUGAGGUUUUCCUCUGUGGUGUUGUAUUUACAUGUCAUGCACAGCUGGAGAUGAGUUCCAAAUUUCGCUACUCACCACUGUCUCCCGAGCCUCGAUGCUGUCCUUUUCCUCUCAUGAAGCUACUUUGUACAGACCAACAACGAUCUUGGUGGGAUGCUGUGUAUAGUCUCAUUCAUAAGAAAGCACUACCUGGCAUGGCAGUCAAACUAAGGCUUGUGAUCCAACUGGAGAUGAGCACUUUGAGAGCUGGAGAGAAGCAUGGGUUACAGCCAGCCUUAAUCAUCAAAUGGGCCAAACAUCUCCAAGAAACGGGAUUUGGCCUUCACUCAUUUUAUGACCAAAGGGACUACAUUGGUCGAAGUGUUCAUUAUUGGAUGAUGACUCUACCACUACUGGAGCAAAUAAAGGGAAAAAGGAGUAUUCCUGAGCCUGUGAACCCACUGUUUAUGCACUUUCGCUCUAAAGAUAUAAAGGAAGCUGAUGUUGCAGAUUAUGAAGAGCAGGCACAAAUAGCUUUCGCUACUCUGUGUGAUGUGGAAGGAAAGAUGGAUGAUGCCAUAGCAGCAGUUGAAACUAUUAAAAGUGUUCGUUCCUACUAUUUUCUUGCUCUUAUUUAUCAGAGGAAAGCAGAAGAAAUUGGAAACCGGGAUGAUGAUGACGACGAUGAAUGCCUUCCUGUUUUCCUGCAAAGGUCAAGAAGUUAUUUAUCAAAAAUCUUGCAAGAAUGCAGCACAAAUCCUGGAGAAAUUGAAAAACUCCCUGUAUGUAUUGAGGGUAUUGGUCAAAAGCUGCAGGAUGUGAAUCAGCUUCUUCAGGAGUUUGGUGAAAUGGCUGAUACAGAGGAUGAAAUGGCAAUGGAAAAUGUCAUUAGAAGCCCAAGCCACACCUCGGAGUACGAGAUCACUGCUCGAAUGAAGUCUUCAACUCCAUCACCAACAAAGAAUAUAUCCGCUACCCUAAAGAGCCCAAAGUUCUCUCCUCAGACGCCACCACACUGGGCUGAAGAUCAAAAGUCUCUAUUGCAGAUGCUUUGCCAACAAGUAGAAGCCCUCAAGAAUGAAGUUCAUGACUUAAAGCACAACACUUCUGGUACCACGAUAUCUCCUCGUCCCCGAAUUUAUUCGGAAAGCUACUCCCAAGAUGGCAUGGCUGAUGGGUUCACUUCAGCACAGAGCUUCCAUGGUGCACCUUUAACAGUUGCUACAACAGGUCCAUCGGUAUAUUACAAUCAGUCUCCUGCUUAUAGUUCUCAGUAUCUCCUCAGGACGGCUGCUAAUGUUACUCCAAAUAAGGCUGCAGUUUAUGGUAUAAACCGCCUUAAUCCUCAGCAGCACAUGUAUGCUUACCAACCACCAACUCACACACCACCUCUGCAGACUUCCUCAUCCUGCAUGUAUACUCAAGAAGCUUAUGGGACUUCAUUGCGAUCCAACAAUCCAACAAACAUACUGUCUCCUUACAGUGACCACUCUGUUCCUCAAGCUAGCACCAAUCCACAGCUGCCUGAACCUGGUUACUUUACAAAACCACCUACAGUUGCACCAGUUACUAAGCCUUCUGAUGCAAAGAUUGCAGACUUGGGAAAGAUAAACUUUGGGCAGCAAAUUCCAUCAGAAACACCAAAAGCCGGUGGUUUUGGAACCCCAUCAGUCUCUCAGUCUGCUUCAAGUGCAACUUUCAAAUUCAACUCUAACUUUAAAUCAAAUGAUGGAGAUUUUACUUUUACUUCUCCACAAAUAAGAAACACCAGUGAGAGUCUCUUGGAGCUUUUGACUUCUGAAAUGCCUUCUAAAUCAGAAGUCCAUGUAACACCAAAAGCCACUUCCAAGGACUCUGUGUCUGGACAAGGAAAUCUCUUCAGUUUCGGUAAUAAGCAAGUAUCUGAUUACUCUUUCUGUGAUCUUGCCCAAAAUACAAGUAACAUUUUUGGCAAGAGUGAUCAAGUAUUCAGCUUUAAAGAUGCUAACAAAUCUACUUUUCCAGUGUCUGGCACUGAACUGGAGGAAAAAUGUCCUGAGAGUGAUCAUGAAAUUUCACGCACUGAGGAAGAAGAAGAUGGGCCUCAUUUUGAGCCAAUUGUACCUCUUCCGGAUAAAGUGGACGUUAAGACUGGAGAGGAAGAUGAGGAAGAAAUGUUCUGCACUAGAGCUAAGCUGUUCCGUUUUGAAACAGAGGUGAAAGAGUGGAAAGAGCGUGGUAUAGGAAAUAUAAAAAUUUUAAGACACCGCACCUCACAAAAGGUCCGAAUACUAAUGAGGAGGGAGCAAGUGCUGAAAAUAUGUGCUAACCAUUACAUCAUGCCAGACAUGACACUAAAACCUAAUGCUGGCUCUGAUAAAUCAUGGGUAUGGCAUGCUAUAGAUUAUGCAGAUGAAAUGCCAAAAUCUGAGCAGUUGGCUAUUAGAUUUAAGUCUGCUGAAGAUGCAGCCCUCUUCAAAGAAAAGUUUGAAGAAGCACAGAAAUGUCCAAGUAAAAGUGCAUCACAGCAUGAAAUCAAAAGUGUUAAAGAAUCUCCACAGAAAAGCACUGUGAUUCAACCUUUUGUAAAAGAGAGGGGAUUUGGGGCCCAAUUUGCAAAGAAAGAAGGUGACUGGGACUGUGAUGUAUGCUGUGUAAGGAAUGGCCCCACUGCUGUAUGCUGUGUGGCCUGUCAAAGCCCUAAUCCUCAAGCUAAGUCACAGCCAUCCAGCAGUGGAGCAGAAACUGUUAAGUCCACAGUGUCAUCAUCUGGUUCAUUUGGUUUUAAUUUUGGGGUGGGUAAAGUAGGAGGAAAAAGUGGUAACCUCUCUGGUUUCACUGCUCAUAACAUUCCCUCUUGUUUUACAUUUGGAACAAGCAGUAAUACAAUUAGUGUGCAGCCUGAAGGCUUUGGUGUUCAGUUCAAGAAUACAGAUCAGUGGGUCUGUACUACAUGUGCACAGGGAAAUGAAGCCACUUCUGACUGCUGCUGUUCUUGUCGGAAUCCAAACCCAAAGAAUAAAGGUUCAAUGGCUGCCCCAGCCCCAUUUGUUGUUGGCAUUGAAAAAAGUGCACCACCUGUAUUUGCAGGGUUUGGUGACAGAUACUUUAAGGAUGGUCAGUGGGACUGUACUACAUGUUUAACACGAAAUGAAGCAGUUGCUAGCAGCUGUGUGUCUUGUCUGAGUCCAAAUUUAAACAAACCUGCAAAGGAAACAUUUGGUCCUUCACCUUUUGAAAAAGGGGUUGCACCCAACCUCAACAAAACGUCAAAGGUACCUUUUGAAGGAAACAAAGUGUCUGCACAGAGUAAUCUGGCUGCACUGUUUGGAAAGAAGGAAGGACAGUGGGAGUGUUCCACUUGUUUGGUUGUGAACGAAGCCACAUCUUCAGCUUGUGUUGCCUGUCAGACACCCAAUCCUAAAGCUGGUGAUGGGAAAUCUGCCACGCCAUCUGCAAACACUUUGGCUUUUGGUUCUAGUCCGAUAUCUGGGACUGGUUUUAAAGCCAAUUUUGGAGGUGGCAGUAUCGUCAACAGUGGUUUUAAGUUCGGCAUUAGUGACAAAAGUGUACCUUCUUCCUUGAAAUUUGAGGCACCCUUUUUUCAGUCAGGGAGCACUCCCAAAAGCACACCUUUUACAUUUAAUAUGCCUUUUGAGACUACAGGAAACUUUAAGUUUGGGACUGAAGAACCCGCUAAAGAAGCUGAAAGCCACCCACCUCCAUUUGGCUCUGCGUCUCUGUUCCUGAAGAACUUUGCUGAGCAACAGCAAGAAAAAGAAAAGGCUGCAGGGUUUAGUACUGGAGAAAGUGUGACCACAGAUCAAAGAGAGAUUGAAGACAAUCCUCUGUUUGCUGGAAAAGCCAAUACUUUAACUUUUGCUGAUCUUGCUAAAUCUAGUGGAAGCGGUUUCCAGUUUGGUGAAAAAGAUCCUAAUUUCAAAGGCUUCUCUGGGGCCGGUGAGCAGUUGUUUAGAAGUGUGAAACCUGAUAAGCUCGAUACCUCUGUAGAGCAGCAUGAUGAAGAUGAAAUGUAUAAUACCGAGGAUAAUGAUGACAUUCAGUUUGACCCAGUAGUCCAAAUGCCAGAAAAAGUGGAUUUGGUUACAGGGGAGGAGGAUGAGGAGGUUCUGUACUCACAGAGGGUUAAAUUGUUCCGGUUUGAUCCAGAAACAAGUCAAUGGAAGGAAAGAGGGGUUGGCAGUCUGAAGCUUCUGAAAAACCGGACAAAUGGAAGGCUAAGAGUGCUCAUGAGGAGAGAGCAGGUAUUGAAAGUUUGUGCCAACCAUUGGAUCACUACAACUAUGAGCCUGAAAUCUCUGUCUGGCUCUGACCGGGCUUGGAUGUGGCUUGCAAGUGAUUUUUCUGAUGGUGAUGCAAAACUUGAGCAGUUGGCUGCAAAAUUUAAAACCCCAGAGUUGGCAGAAGAUUUCAAGGUUAAAUUUGAGGACUGCCAGAGGCUUCUGUUAGACAUACCUUUGCAGACACCUCACAAGCUGGUUGACACAGGGUCGUCUGCUCUCAUUGAAAAGGCAGAAAGGAUGAAAAGUGAUAUCAAAAACCUAAAGAACAUUUUCACAGAGAUGACCAUAAAGAAAGAGGAGGACGGCAAAAUAAAUAUUUCAUCUGAGAGCAACACGUCUGGCUUAAUAAUUAAGCCCCAUGCUGACAGCACAGGCCCAACAUUAGAGUGGGAUAAUUACGAUUUACGUGAUGAUGCACUAGAUGACAGUGCUGCUACCUCUGUGUAUGCCUCGCCAAUCGCUAGCAGUCCGGCACGAAAAAGCUUAUUUCGAUUUGGUGAAUCUACCACUGGUUUUAACUUUAGCUUUCAGCCUAUCCUGAGCCCUUCUAAAUCCCCAGUGAAACUAAACCACAGCGGUGUUUCAGUUGGUACUGAUGAGGAUUCUGAAAUUCAUCAAGAGGAGGACACCCAAAACUUUGAGCCAGUUAUCCCUCUUCCAGAUCUGGUGGAAACUUCUACCGGUGAAGAGAAUGAGCAAGUAGUGUUUAUUCACCGAGCCAAGCUUUACCGAUAUGACAAAGAGUUGGCCCAGUGGAAAGAGAGAGGAAUUGGAGACCUAAAAAUCUUGCAGGAUUAUGACACUAAGCAAGUACGCGUCAUCAUGAGACGAGACCAAGUCUUAAAACUCUGUGCUAAUCACUGGGUGACAGCUGAUAUGAAACUUGAACCUAUGAAAGGGACUGAGAGAGCUUGGGUUUGGAGUGCUCUGGAUUUCUCAGAAUCUGAUGGCAAAGUGGAGCAGCUAGCUGUCCGUUUUAAACAGCAAGAAGUAGCAAAUUCUUUCAAGGAAAUAUUUGACGAAGCUAAAACAGCCCAAGAGAAAGAUUCAUUAAUCACACCAAUGUCAUCAAGAACACCAACUCCAAGAGAGUCUCCUUGUGGUAGAGCUGCUGUAGCGGUGCUAGAAGAAACAACCCGGGAACGGACAGACCUGCCACCACCCGUGUUUCCCUCACUGGUUUCCCCUCCUAACUCUGACAAAACAUCCAGCCCAGACAGUGCAGCAAAAGCUGUUGUCUCUCCACCCAAGUUUGUCUUUGGAUCAGAGUCACUUAAUAACAUUUUUAAAAGUACUUUCACUUUUGCUUCUGCGCCCUCGAAACAACUUUUUGGCUUCAGUUUCACUCCAUCUAAGGACCAGGGUGACGGUACAUCAACACCCUUGAAAAUGUCGGGGGAUGCAAAAGUCUGCAGUCGUCCAUUUUCUUCUCCGGCAAAGAAUGUUGUGGCCUCCGCAUCUGGGGAUCCAGGCAGCACUUUUAAGAUUCCUGAAAAAAGCUUGGAUUUUAGACUUUUCAAAGAUAACCCAAUGGCUUUUUGGACCUGCACAUCUCCCACAAAGUUUGAAGCCAAAGAUCCCAUUAAACCAGUGGCUCUUUCAUGGGAUGAUGUGCAGAUUGUCUUUGUCCGAACUCCAACCGCUGCACAGCGAGCUCUAGCAGAAAGCUUACUGCUGCCUCCAACGUUUUUCUGCUACAAGAAUGAGCCUGGCUACGUUAGCGAUGAAGAGGAUGAUGAUGAAGAUUAUUUGACAGCAGUGAGAAAACUGAAUGGAAAACUAUACUCGGAUGAUGUAAAGGCAAAACAAGGACAGGAUUCUCAAUCUGUCAAACCAAUUUCUGAAAAUGAGCAGGACUCUGAUUGUGUCAUUGUUUGGGAGAAAAAACCAACACCAGAAGAGAAGGCCAAGGCCACAAGCCUGCAGCUUCCUCCUACAUUCUUUUGUGGAGUCAGCAGUGAUACUGAUGGAGAAAAAGAUGAGUCAGAUUAUGAAUCGGAAGUCAGCAAAGUUAAACAGUCAAAGGAACUGUGCUCUUCAGUCACUCAAAUCUCAAGCAGAAGUGACUUAAGUCAUGCUAUAAGUCAUGAACCACUUUCAGCUUCCUUUAAGACUGAAGGACUGCAGGAAAAGCUGCUUAGUUCUAGUGACAACAAGCCAAUAGAUUUAUCUACCAAGAAAGAAAAUGAGGCAGAUUCUACAAUGCAAGGAAGCACAUUCAUAAUCGGGUCUGCAGCUACUUGUGGGUUUUCAUUUGCGGACUUGGCCAAAAAUGCAAGUGACUUUGCUUUUGGAGUACAAGAUCCCAACUUUUCAUGGGCAAAUGCGGGAGCCUCUGUCUUUGGAAGUUCUAACAUAAACAGAAAUGAAGAGGAUGAGGAGGUCAGUGAUGAUGAAGAGACUUCAGCUAAUGAUGAAAUUCACUUUGAGCCAAUCGUGUCAUUACCUGAGGUGGAUGUGAAGUCUGGAGAAGAAGAUGAGGAGAUUCUUUUCAAAGAGCGAGCAAAGCUUUAUCGGUGGGAUCGAGAUGCUGCUCAGUGGAAAGAACGUGGUGUUGGUGACAUUAAAAUACUUUAUCAUCCCCAAAAAAGGUACUACCGUGUGCUAAUGAGAAGGGAGCAAGUCCUGAAAGUGUGUGCCAACCACAUCAUUACUAAUUCAAUGGAACUAAAGCCUUUAAAUACAUCAACAAAUGCACUUGUCUGGACAACAACCGACUAUGCAGACGGAGAAGGAAAGGUGGAACAGCUAGCAGCAAAAUUCAAAACUUCUGAGCUGACAGAAGCCUUCAAAAGAAAAUUUGAGGAGUGUCAAGCUCAGCUUUUACAUCUGGACUCUGCACAAAUGUCACGAGUAAUGGAAUUGUCGAGGGAAAGUAAUCCAGUAGUCUAUUUUGACAUAACCAUUGAAGACAAAUGUAUUGGGCGGAUUACAAUGGAACUUUUCUACCAUAUUGUUCCUAAAACGGCAGAAAACUUCAGAGUUUUAUGUACAGGAGAAAGAAAUUUUGGGUAUAAAAACUCUGUAUUCCACAGAGUCAUUCCGGACUUUGUUUGUCAGGGAGGUGAUAUCACAAAACAGGAUGGAUCUGGAGGCAAUUCUAUCUAUGGGGACUCUUUUGAGGAUGAAAACUUUGAGGUGAAACAUACUGGACCAGGCUUGCUGUCCAUGGCAAAUCGUGGCCGUGACAGCAAUAAUUCUCAAUUUUUCAUCACUCUGAAAAAGGCAGAACACUUGGACUUCAAACAUGUUGCUUUUGGCUUUGUCAAAGAUGGGAUGGAAGUUGUAAAUGAAAUGGCAGCAUUUGGCACUAAAGAUGGCAAGCCAGUUAAGAAAAUUGUAAUUUCUGAUUGUGGACAAAUUAAUGUGUGAGCCUCGCAAGUUUAAAUAGGUCAAAUGUUAAAGUUAUUUAAAAAAAUUGAUUUCUGUGUAUAAAUGUAAAUUUAUGACCAUUUUUUAUGUGUGAUUUGGACUGGGGUAAGUGCAUGUUUACAAAUAAAACAGAAUUACUGGCAAA